GCUUUGUUUGGCUUCCAGUUAGUAACCACAUUCAUUGCUGUGACAGCUCUACAGAAACUCAAUGCAUAUUUCUCAUUUGCUCAGUGGCUCAUUGCAAGAGGAAAUUUGACAUGGUUUAAGUUACCUAAUGAGCAAGAGGUUCGAAGCCAGAUCAAACCUGAAAAUGGCAAAAAUUAUCGCAGAGGAAGGAGAGGAGAAUCAAUUAAGGAUGAUUCAUUUAUUGUACCUCGAAGUCUAGACGUACAGCUGAUCCCAAGACCUGUGUUGGAAGUUCAUGUCAUCCCACUCAGAUACUAUUCUGAGCUCCAGUGGCUUAUUGAUUUUACAGUGGUUGCAGUGGUCGUUUACAUAACUACAGCCUGUUUCUAUUUGUAUAAUUACCCACUGAAGGAAUUCAAUCUCAGUAUGGUGUGGGUGUUAGUUGUCUUGGUGUUUGCAUCAAAAUACUUGUUUUCUGUUUUGAAAAUGUACUUUGAUACAGAAGAAAAAGGGGAGCUAUGGAUGUGCUUAGCAAGUGGUCUGUGCUUCCUACUUGUCGCCAUGGGGAUAAUGCUCAUAGGGGAUGAUAUACUAGAUUUUAGGUUAGAUGAAGCACUACAUAAAGCUUCAGAAGAGGCCGAGCUCCUACUUGAGCAGCAGUUGUCUGUGAACCGUGGGCCCAUAUCGAAGGGCCUCAUCAAGCUGUCCUUAGCAUUUACUUGUGGAAUUUUAGGAGCUGUCUUGACAUUUCCAGGAUUAAGAAUAGGGAAAACUCAUCUUGACUCCCUUCGCUAUAGCUCUGAUAGGACAUUUGUUCAAAUGCUGUUACAUUGCAAUUUCAUAUUACCUGUGUUUUUGUUGCUGCUGUGGAUAAAACCUCUAGGUCGAGAUUACAUCCUCAGCAAUGAUGUUGGACACUUACUGACAGGCGAAGAUAAACCAAUUAUGAGUGAAGCAGCAUUUGAGAGAGGGCGUCUUGGGCUGGUAUGGUGUUUUUGCUUAAUCCGUCUCUUUUUCUUACCAACUCAUCUUCAGUCAUACCUCAACAUGGCUCAAGAACGACUUGAUCAACUUCGUAAAGAGGCCGGGAAACUUACGUAUCAUCAAUUAUUACUACUGGUGAUGAGCGUGUUUCGGUACUUGUGCGUUGUAGCUAUACAAUACAUAGCUCCUGUCAUUGUCAUAUUCAGUCUGUCUCUACUUCUAAAUACAUCCUAUGGUGCAUUACAAUUACAAGAUCUGAGUGAUUCUAACGUAGCUUCAUCAUCCGCAGUAGGGGGUCAUUCUUUACCCUUGUUGUCGUAUGCACUUAUUUCCUUCAUGCUGUGGUGGGCCUGUUUAGCGUGGCUUGCCACAAGUCUCUUAGGUGUUGCCUAUCAUUCUGUUUUAUAAAAAAAAAA